UCUGGGAUCCCCCUGAUGGUGGAAUGCGAGGAAACCCCCAGAGGGGUACACAAGGGGGUGGACCAGGCCCCUUCCUGGGUCAUGGUGGAGGCCACGGAAGAGCAGACAUGUCGCACCGCCCCAUGUGUGGCCACUUCAAGUUGAAAGGCAGCUGCAGGUACAAGAACAACUGUGCCUUCUAUCAUCCUGGAGUGAAUGAGCCACCCCAUUGCAGCACCCAGGGUCCUCCCCCCAGUCUGCCACCACCUUGUGAAAUCACCCAACACAGCCGCUCCCACUUCACGGACUCUGGGGCGCCCGUUGUCAGACUUGGGCUGCAUCCACCACUUGUGGCUUCUGUGAGGCCUUGUAAUGCCCGGAGGAGGAAGAAGCAAGCGCCCCCGAUGGCUGCUGCUAAUGAGGAACAACUGCGGGGGGAAUUCCCCCCACAACUCCACUCCCUCCUGUAUUUUAACAUGAUGGUGGCGCUGAUGAGACAUGACUUUGCGCCCCCCAGUGACUUUUUGUAAGCACUAGAGCUGCCGCCUGUGGUUGUUACCACUGUGUACAUCUCUGUGGAACUAGCAGAGGUGUAAAAGGGGGGGUUGCAUGGCUGCCCAACCUGGCUCUGGGCUAUGAUCUGUCCACAGGUUCACCUGCUGCAGACCUACUCUGAAGACAUUUUGCCUGGGGAGACUUGACUCUGAGGACAGCCGGCCACACUGCUCGGCUCCACCCAGGGGUGAAAGUAAAUUAAAGGACUUGCCAGUACUCCAGAGUCCUGCGGAGGGGGAGGGGCCUCAACCGGAAGAGGCAGGGUCUUUAAAUCCCAGGGCUUUUAAAUCAGGAUUUAAAGGACUCGGUGAUUCAGCUGAAACUAGGAGCUGGGCCCUUUAAAUCACCCUCGG